AUGCUGGGGAGUCAUGUGAUACCAAGAUGGCGGUGCCGCGGUAGCUUCCCUGGGACAGUACGGUCCUAGGAGCGGCGACAGUUUCUGCCCUUAGGUCGUGGGGAGACUCAUUUGACUGAUUCUGCGGUAGCCCGUGGCGAGGAUUAAUGACACGAUCAGAGCUGGGACUGUUGAUGUCGCCGGUAGGUUCCGGGGAGUGCUGGUGACCUAGCUUCAGGAACCUUGCGCCGGCCCGGGCAAACGCUGGAGAAUGGCCAGCCUCCGUCAUCUGGACCUGCAGCUUUGGAGUUCAUGAGGCUUGCCCAGGGCAUCACAGGUCCCAAACCUUGAGAGUCUGCGGCAAUUCGAGUUCUUCGUUGUGUGACAGGGCAGUUUAGGAUCCCCGGAAGUGCAAAGAAGGCCGCAAGAACUUCGUUUUCGCAUCCAGAGGCCUGACUCUCCCUCCGACCAACCCUACAUUAUUUUCCAUUUCCUCUCAAUGUGCUUGCCAUAUUUCAGGAAAUAUGAUCAGCGCCCCUGAUGUGGUGGCCUUCACCAAGGAAGAUGAAUACGAGGAAGAACCUUACAAUGAGCCCGCUUUGCCUGAGGAGUACUCAGUCCCUCUCUUUCCUUAUGCCAGCCAGGGGGCAAACCCCUGGUCUAAACUGUCUGGGGCCAAGUUCUCCAGGGACUUCAUCCUCAUUUCCGAGUUCUCUGAGCAGGUGGGACCCCAGCCCUUGCUUACCAUCCCCAAUGACACCAAAGUUUUUGGCACUUUUGAUCUUAAUUACUUCUCUUUGCGGAUUAUGUCGGUGGAUUACCAGGCUUCAUUCGUAGGCCAUCCUCCCGGUUCUGCCUACCCCAAGUUGAACUUUGUGGAAGACUCUAAAGUGGUACUGGGAGACUCUAAGGAAGGGGCCUUUGCAUAUGUGCACCACCUCACCUUGUACGACCUGGAGGCCAGGGGCUUUGUGAGGCCCUUUUGUAUGGCUUAUAUCUCCGCAGACCAGCAUAAAAUCAUGCAGCAGUUCCAAGAGCUCUCGGCCGAAUUUUCCAAAGCAUCUGAGUGCUUGAAGAUGGGCAACAGGAAGGCAUUCGCUGGGGAACUUGAAAAAAAGCUGAAAGACUUGGAUUACACAAGGACAGUGCUACACACAGAAACCGAGAUCCAGAAGAAAGCCAACGACAAGGGUUUUUAUUCUUCUCAGGCGAUUGAGAAAGCCAAUGAACUGGCCAAUGUGGAGAAGUCCAUCAUCGAACAUCAAGAUUUGCUGAGGCAGAUCCGCUCAUACCCUCGUCAGAAGACGAAGAUCCCUGACUUGCAGCCUGGUGAUACAGAGCAUACCCAGGAUCAGGCUGACCAGGUAUCCACUACCUCUAAUCCUGAGGAGUCCGCUAAUGCAGACCUUUAUACCUGCAGACCGGCUUACACCCCCAAACUCAUCAAAGCAAAGUCCACCAAGUGUUUUGACAAGAAGUUGAAGACCUUGGAGGAACUCUGUGACACUGAGUAUUUCACUCAGACCCUGGCCCAGCUUAGCCACAUUGAACACAUGUUCAGAGGAGACCUGUGCUACCUCCUGACCAGUCAGAUUGACAGAGUGCUUCGAAAACAACAGCCCAUAACGAAUUUCCUCUUUGAAGAUUUUGUAGAGGUGGAUGACAGGAUGGAAAAGCAAGAGAAUGUACCCUCUCAGCCCAGUCAGGACAGGCUGCCUCCCAAGCCUGUAGAAGAAUGCCCCAUUCCUAAAGUGUUAAUUAGCGUUGGCUCUUACAAGUCCAGUGUGGAGUCUGUAUUGAUCAAGAUGGAGCAGGAACUUGGCGAUGAAGAGUACACGGGGGUGGAGGCAACAGAGGCACGCAGUUUUGACCCCCAAGAGAACCUGGACUACCUGGAUAUGGAUAUGAAAGGGAGCAUCAGUAGUGGGGAAAGCAUUGAGGUGCUGGGCACCGAGAAGUCAGCCUCUGUGUUGUCGAAAUCUGACAGCCAGGCCAGCCUCACCGUGCCAUUGAGCCCCCAUGUAGUCCGUAGCAAAGCGGUCAGCCACAGGACAAUCAGCGAGGACAGCAUUGAAGUCUUAAGUACCUGCCCUUCUGAGGCCCUCAUUCCUGAUGACUUUAAGGCCAGUUACCCAAGUGCCAUUAAUGAAGAAGAAGCCUAUGCGGAUAAUGAGGGGGCCAUCCAUUUCCAGGCAAGUGCCGGCUCACCAGAACCGGAUGAGACUCAGGAGGGCAACUUGGAAAAUAUCCCAUCCCAAAUAGACUCCAGCUGCUGUAUUGGAAAGGAGAGUGAAGGUCACUUGGUGCCUCUCCCAACCCCAGCCUACACUCUUUCUGAUGAGGACAGUGUGGUGAGCAUUCCCCCACAGCGCUACAUACAGAAGGACCAGGGGCUCCACGUGGACUUCGGAGUGGAAAACACUGACCCUUCUCCCCGAGACAACAGUUGUGAAAUGUUCCCAGCUUAUGAGCUGGAUCCAAGCUGCCUUCUGGCUAGCCGAGAUGUUAGUAAGAUGAGCCUGGAUAACUACUCGGAUACCACUAGCUACAUGGGCAGUGCGGCCUCUACCAGCUCAGACAGAAUCCCCUCAGCACCUCCUGCUGGCCUAUCCUCUGAGAGGCACAAAAAGAGAGCUGGCCAGAAUGCCUUAAAAUUCAUCCGCCAGUACCCUUUUGCCCACCCAGCCAUCUACUCCCUGCUCAGUGGGAGGACACUUGUGGUCCUGGGCGAAGAUGAAACCAUUGUCAGGAAGCUGGUGACUGCACUGUCCAUCUUUGUUCCCAACUAUGGCUGCUAUGCCAAGCCGGUGAAGCACUGGAUUUCUUCCCCUUUGCAUAUUAUGGAUUUCCAGAAGUGGAAGCUUAUUGGCCUACAAAGAGUGGCCUCUCCUGCCAAUGUGGGUACCCUCCAUACCCUGAGCCGUUACAGCCGUUAUACAAGCAUCCUGGACCUGGACAGCAAGACCCUACGCUGUCCCCUAUACAGGGGUACACUGGUACCCCGCCUGGCUGACCAUCGCACUCAGAUCAAGCGGGGCAGCACAUACUACCUUCACGUCCAGAGCAUGCUCACCCAGCUCUGCUCCAAGGCAUUCCUCUACACCUUUUGUCACCACUUGCAUCUGCCCGCCCACAGUGAGGAGACACAAGAAGCAGUGGCCAGCAGACAAACCAGCUUCCUAAAGCUAAACCUGGGGCUCGUGAACGAGGACAUCAGAGUGGUACAGUACCUGGCUGAGCUGUUGAAACUGCACUAUAUGCAGGAGUCACCGGGGACCACCCACCCACUGCUCAGGUUUGACUACGUCCCCAGCUUUUUGUACAAAAUCUAAGGGUCUCAGCCACUGUGACCAAGACCUGUGACUCAGGGCAUGGGGAGGGAGAAGGGUUGGUGUGACUAAAUGGUUGCCUGAGCUGGAGUGUUGAGCCUUCUGGUGUCAGCAGGAAGGAAACAGGUGGCAGUUAUAGUUGCAACAUAGCCCUGGGCAGUGUGUGAUGUGGGCUGAGCAGAGGUGGCACAUGGCCCUCCAGAAGGACAGUAGCAGCUGCUCCUGGUUCAUUAAGGAAGUAGCUCCCAAAAAAGGGGGUGUCCUUAAUUUUCCAAGGAUCAGCAGUCUGAGCAGGAAGAGAAAGCCCCAGACUGUGGCACUGGAAAAGAUGAGGCUAUGUAGCCAAAGCCCAAAUGACGUCUGAGUGGCACAAUCAGCCUGGGCGCUGUGACGAUGCGGUGGGAAGCAGGACAGCCGCCGCCUCCAUCUACCUCUAACAAGGCCCCUUACUUGGCAUCCUGGAGCCUGAUAACCAAGAGGAGGCUCCUGAACAAGGCCACAGAGGAACAGUGCUCUGGUCAGCUGCAGAGACACAUCUGGGCUGCGAGGGUUGCAGACCACAAGCAGCUCCUGUCCAUUCUUUGCCUCUACCAAGGCAUUGCUCAAGUCCCUGGGCCAUUGUGACAGUUGUCACUAGCCCUGGAUGAAAAGCAGAUGCCAAAUGGCUACAGCCAGUUUGAGAAGUACCUUGGGAGCUGUAGAUGAAGCAGACCAUAACGCCAUCACCACUGUGCGUGGCAGGAGCUGCCCACUGGAUCCUCUUAUCCAGAGCAUUACCUCUGACUUCCCCUGGGAAGAUUGGCAGACACUUACCUCCUGAGGGCUUGUGGGCUUUGUAACAGCUAAGUUCUGGCUGGCUGGCUGGCGUGCUGACUAACCAUCUAAGCAAGGAUGUCCUGUACUCGCUCCUGGGUGGCUAUCUUUAUAUACACAUCUGGGAGGCAGUGUACAUGUUCCACAGUCAUUCCCAUCAUGUUCCUUUCCCUUUCAAGGAACCUGGGAGGAAGGCACCUUUUAGUCCCCACCUGGUCCCCUGGUGGCCAUCAUCAUGACCUCCCUGGGAUUCCUGUUGCAGCUGCUCGUGUGCAUGGAAUGCUUCUUGUAAUCUUGAAAAUGUGAGACCUUUUAAAAAAAACUUUCCUCCCUAAACAAGAGAGGAGUUCUGGUUGGUACUGCUGCUUUUAAAUUUGCUCCAAAAAGCUGCAGUAAAUUAGACCUGGAUCAGCAGCCUGGUGUAUGCAUCAGUUAGAUGCUGUGUCCCUGCCCUCAGGUCUGUCAGCAGGUCACACUACUGAGGUCUCAGAAGGAACCUGUGGAAGCCAAGUAACCAAAGAUGGCUGGCAGCAUGUCACUCUUGGGUCACAUUCCUUGCCUAGGACUUUGACACAAAGUUGCAGCCUGUUGGUCCUGGUCAAGAGGGUAUGGGAUUUUGCUUCUGAGCCUGUGACAAAACCAGAAAGAUGGCACUGCCUUCACUAGUUUGUGUCUGUUACAUGCAUUACAGACACCUUUGUGGCUGUAGUUUCUCCUCAUGGGCUCCCUCAUCUGCUAUUGCUUCUUAGUGUUCUAGAUGCUACCGUUGACUGGUUGGCUAAGUUCCCUUUCCUCAGGUCUCCAAGGAUGAAUGUGCUAGAGUUUAAGAGCCAGGUAGGGAGGUGAUCAGUUGCUGGGACUACUGCCUAACAUGGUGAAUACUGUGUGCCCCUGUAUUGAGAAAGGCAGCAGCCAUGCCUGGCCUUCUGGAUACUGAAAGUAUACACACACACAUCUUGGCAUUCAGCCACAGAGUGGCUCAGAAGACAAAGUCAAGACUGGUGGGGAGUGGGCAGAACAGUUUUGUGUGGCAGAAAUGGUGAACAGGUUCCUCUCUUGAAUGGCUCCUUACUAAGACUGACAAGGGUUUGAACUCCAUUUACAGUUUUGGGUUUUUUUUUUUAAACAGGAUCUCAUAUAACCCUGAACUCUUGACCCUUCUGCCUUGACAUUGCAACUGCUAGAAUUAUAGUUGUUUGCCACUAGAACCAGUGUCUAGAUUUAGACUUUGGUUUUAAAAUUUUGUUGUGUUGAUUUAAAAGGAUUAAUUAAUGCUGAAACCAUGCUUCCCCUUAGAGGUUACCAAUCCUUGGGGCUGAGUUCAGAUAGAGGCAGUUAAUUCUCUGUUCCUUUGUUUUAGAGGACUGGAAUCUUCUAAAAGUAGUACAUGUGUACACCUUGAUGUUGUAGAGACUUAUGCAGCAGGACUCAAGUUUUCAGUUGGUCAUGGGGCAUAGUGGCACACACCUUUAAUCCCAGUACUUAAGAGAAGAGGCAGGUAGAUGUCUGCAACCUUGAGGCCACCCUGAUCUGCAUGAUGAACCUCAGGCCAGCCAAGACUAUGAUACUGUCUCAAAAAAGAAGCUUCCAUUUGAAGUGUUUCUCAAGUACGAGGCUAGUAAAGAUUUUUGUUGUUCUGUUGAGACAGUCUCAUAUAGCCCAAGCCGACACUGAACUCUGUGUGUAGCUAAGGAUGGCUUUGAACUUCUGAUCCUCCUGCCUCCACGUGCUGAGGUUGCAUGCCUGCCAUGAGUUUUACAGAUCAAUCCAGGGCUUCAUACACACUAGGCAGACACUAAACCACCUGAGCUCUAUCCCUAGCCUGGCUAAUUUAGUAAAAUAACUAUUAAGGCUACCCCACAGAUGACAGAGCUCCUCACUACUAUCAUUUUGAGCCCUGGCACUAAAACUGGUAAGCUGUUGGUUUAAACUGGACUGCCAAGCAGUUGUUACUGCAGUAGCUAAAGUUGCUCUGAAAUUUGGAACUGGACUGUGGUUGUGACCUGUCCAUCCUGAUCUGGCCUUUGUUUUUAGAUCAGGUACAAUAUUUAAAAUACAAAUGAUUUCAACUUUAUCUAAAUUAGUUACCAUUUCAUAACCCUGGAAGGCCAGGAGACCUCCCUUCUCCUUUGCCAAGAAUCAAAGCCAGCAGUUGAGCUCUGUGGUCCUGGAGGCAUAGCUUCUAGAACAUCUUGUAUGCAUCUUGGCCAUCCAUCUGCUACGUUAAGUCCAUGCCAUUCCCCCAGCCUGAAUAUUGCAUAUUGGACCAGUGUCCUGUGCCACCGCCAUGGUUUGUCUGAGAUAGUUGGGUGGUGUUAGCUCUCCUAAUGAUGGAUGAUGUAUCAGACAUUCGAGGCCUUUGGAGGAAUCAAAUCCUCAUGGCAGUGAGGCCAUCCAAGCUACUUUUUACUUCCCUAGAAAGCUCUUAAGAAAGUGCCUUGGCUUGAACUUUAAAACUAAGCCAGCUUUCUGGCUUCACUCUAACACUGUUAUCAAACUGGAAUCUUUAAGGGAGGCAUUGCAGAAAGGAGAGGGAAUUGGGUUUCUUUUGCUCAGAAAGCAAAGCUUCCCUUGAGUUUAACAUACUGUUUCUCUAAGUCCUUGGCCCACUAAGAUCUGGUUCUGUUAAAGCUUUGGGAAGGAAGAAAGAGGAACAAAGAUGUAGCAGUGGAAAAAGAGCAUCUCACAGGGCCCUAACUGGGGCCAGCUGUCUUUAGGUAGGCAGGAAGCACAGUGGCCCCACAGAGAUGAGGGGACCAAUAUCCUAACCACACCACAAGCAAACUGACACCAUGGCAACAGUAAUAACAAUGGGCCAGCUCCCAGGGAGCCCUGGCCAAAUUCUCUUAUGCUGGACAGCUGGAGCUACAAGCUGGACAGAGCACACAGCAGUUGCAGUACAGACAGUCUGUUAACUUGUUUUCUAAGAAGCUAUUUUAUUACUGCAUGUUCCCACCGUCUGUAAAUCUGUCCCAGCCGUGCUGCAGUCACAGUACUGGAACUAGAGCACUGCGGAUGUGAUCAUGUCCCACAGGCAUUGUGCGCAAAAGCUUAGAAUAAAUGCCAAAUAAAUAAUAUGAGGAGUGUACUUUUUAAGAUAUUAAUUUAUUUGAGUUCAGAUAUUUUUAAAAUAUAAAAACUGGUUGUAUUUUUUAAAAAUAUAAUUCUUGUAGACAUUCUGUGGGUAAAAAUUUGAUUGUCCAUAUUAAAAAGUUACUGAUGGUUUGCAAUUCAGCAAUGUACAAAUAAAGACUCUUUCAGAAGGUGGCA